GCCGAGAUGGAGAAGAUAAUGAGAUCAAUGGAGGGCAUGCCGGGAGCCCCAAACAUGAAGAUGUACUCCAGAGACGAUCUGAUGAAGAACAACUUUGGCGUUGAAGGUGAUGAGGAUGAUGAAGAUGACGAUGAAGACGAGGAUAGUUUACCCAAGAACUUGGGAAACAUUCUGAAAAACAAGGGUCCGCAAAAGAAAGACCUGAAGCAGCAGGUGGUGAAACAGAUCAAGGAUACCGGCAAGAAACUGAAAGGGCAUGUGAGCAAGGUGUCCAAGGCGGUGAAGAGUUGGUGGAAGGGGAAGAAGAAGCCUGCAAAGUCCAGCAAAAGCGAGCUAUGAAGAA